GUUAUAUAGCUAGGCACAUUUCCGACCCUUCGCCGCUGUCGCUUCAUCGUCUUCCCUUCGAGCCGGCGGCGGAGCCAUCUUUUGCCGGAGAGAAAAAGGGAGGGGACACGCCAUGGAGAUCGCCUUGUUCUCUCCGCGCACAAUCCCUGCCGAUGCCUGCCGCGUUCUUUCCAUUUCCCCCAGAUUGUCGUGGAGCAGCGGCAGGUCAGCGCCUAGGGCUUCCGUCUCUGCCUCCUCCUUCUCUUCCGCUUCCUCGAGGCCUUCUUCCCUAAGUUUCAGCCUCGUCGCUACUCCUUUCCUCGGCGGUGGGAGCGUCCAUAGCGACUUCAACGGAUUAAGGGUUCCGUCCCUGAAGCUGCCUACUCUACCCCACGCCCGCCGGCCCAUGAGGGGUGUCGUUACCAUGGUCAUUCCUUUCUUGAGAGGAACAGCAUGGGAGCAACCGCCUCCGGAUCUAGCUUCUUACUUGUAUAAAAAUCGAAUUGUAUACUUGGGCAUGUGUCUUGUUCCAGCAGUGACAGAGUUGAUGAUGGCAGAGUUCUUAUAUCUUCAAUAUGAAGAUACUAAGAAGCCAAUUUACCUAUACAUUAAUUCCACCGGCACAACAAAGGGCGGAGAAAAGUUGGGCUAUGAGACAGAAGCAUUUGCAAUUUAUGAUGUUAUGAGGUACAUUAAAACUCCAAUAUUUACACUGUGUGUUGGCAAUGCUUGGGGAGAGGCUGCACUGCUCUUGGCCGCUGGUGCUAAAGGAAACCGUUCCGCUUUACCAUCAUCAACAAUAAUGAUAAGACAGCCUAUUGCAAGAUUUCAAGGUCAAGCGUCAGAUGUUGACAUUGCAAGAAAAGAAAUAAGCAAUGUCAAGGCUGAAUUGGUUGGUCUAUACUCGAGACAUAUAGGAAAAUCCCGUGAGCAGAUCGAAGAAGACAUCAGACGCCCUAAAUAUUUCAGUCCUAGUGAAGCAGUCGAAUACGGGAUCAUCGAUAAGGUAUUGUACAACGAAAAAAGACAGGAAGAUCAAAGUGUUAUCUCUGAUCUUAAAAAGGGACAACUCUCAUAGACUGGUUAAUGCAAAUGGCUGGUAACAAAAAUGUUAAAUUACAUUAAGUUGUUAUUACCACUUUAUUCAUUUCCCAUUUGCUGUAACUUAAAGUAAACAAGAUUAGUAGAGUUUCUUAUUAUUAAUUCGGGAGCUUCGUGCAUCAAAUUGCCCUUUAGUAAUGUGUAUUGCCAAUGAGAAUCAAUUGGGGGAAGGAGAUGCCAAUGAGGAUCAAUUGGGGAAGGAGAUGCAACGAACCUUCAAACAUCAAUCCCCAGAGCAAGAAUGGGAUUUAUAUAUAGGUUGAGAUUGGCAAGGUUUAUCGCUGAAAGCACAUGAUCUUUCUAAUGCUUCAAUCGAUAGCUAAGGAUGCUCUUAAAAUAUUCUUAUUGUGCUACAACAAUGCAAGCUAUCAUCUUAGUGUUGAAAUAAAUGUUUAUUGGUAAA